AUGAUAGCUGCGGUGAGCGACACCUUCUGGGCCGGCGGGGCCACCUGUGGAAGCACGUACAGGGUGACGUGCAUUGGCGCCGCCUACUCGGGCAUUCAAGACCCGUGUACGGGCAGGUCGGUUGAUGUCAGGAUCGUCGACCAAUGCCCAGGCAGGUGCGCCGACACCAUCGACCUCUCAAAGGAAGCUUUCGAGACCGUUGCGGACCCGGUGGCUGGCAUAGCUUUCAUGAAGCUCUAUGAAGACGAUGAACACCCAGCGACAAAGACUUGCCGGUCGUCAUAUUCUAACCUGGCGAAUCAAUGGAGGAGCUAG